AGGCACAUCACGAUAUUGUCGGAUCUGGAGCCGCAUACGCUAUGCCGGUAUGCCGGUAUGCCGGGCAAGUAUACUUAUUUAAAAGGGCCAUUGCCGCAAGGCGCAAGGAGGAGAAAAGUUAAGGACUCGUUACUACAUCAUCUCUACCGACAUCAGCGUUUCCUUUUGUUUAUAUUUCUGUCUUUGUGGAAAGAAUACGAUUUUUACAUUUAAUCCUUAGUCUCUUGAAGUAUCUUUAACUUGAUCUUAACGCCAAUUGAUACCUCGAUAAUAUCUUCAUAUAGACGAAAACAUGAAGUCCUCUAGUACACUCAGCCGGCUGAGCUUAGUUGCCUCUGCAGCGUUAUCUCUCUUCACUACCUCUUCCCAAGCACAGGAUGCUAAUAGCACAUCACCAAAUACGACCGCCGCCUCGGCCUUUAUCUCACCUCCGCGAGACCUCGCAUUCGCACUCAAUGUCCCUAGCGACUCUACCACCGAUCUAUACUUCUCAUUGAUGUUCCCGGAGGGGACGAGCUGGGGGGCCGUUGGACUUGGAUCCGACCGCAUGGCUGGCUCGCUGAUUCUGCUAGCAUACCCGUCGGAAUCAGGGCAGAACGUCACAUUGUCGCCGCGAAUCGCUUCGGGUCACUCAGAGCCCGUAUAUACCCCUGAUAUCCAGGUCGACGCAUUAGAUGGUACUGGACUCAACAACGGGACUUUUAUCUUCAAUGGGCGUUGUAGCAACUGUCGGUCAUGGUCGGAUGGGAAUGGAAAGAUCGAUGUUGCGAGCAAGUCACAGAAUAUGAUAUAUGCCACGGGCGACAGUGGCACCCUCAAGUCUGAUUCGUUCGAUACGCCGCUGAGGAUGCACUAUAACUAUGGUACAUUCACGUUAGACAUGGCCCACGCUACGGGACCGGCGGGCGUUCCGAUAAUUGAUAGGUCGGAGAACAGCACACUAGUCGCUACGACUCAGGGGCUAUCAAAGGAAGGCAAAAAGGAUGUCGCGGCAUUGAUGCACGCGAUCAUCAUGGUUUUCGUGUUUGUCGGUUUAUAUCCCUUCGGCAUUUUUGUUCUACGCUUGGGAAGUUGGGUCCGUUGGCACGGGAUUAACCAGGGCUUCGCUUUCAUUCUCACUAUUGUCGGCUCGGGUCUUGGCUUCUCGAUCAGCAAGUACUACAAUAGGUCCAAGAAGGUCAACACCGCCCACCAGGUUAUCGGCAUUCUCAUCUUCAUUUUCAUUUUCGCCCAGUUUGCCCUAGGCUUCUUACACCACCGCAAUUUCAAGAAGACACAGCAGAAGACCAAGAUGGCCCCUAUUCACGUAUGGAUGGGCCGCGUGAUCAUCGUUAUGGGUGUCGUUAACGCAUUCCUUGGCUUCCCGCUCGCUCAGGCAUCGCAGUACAACUAUGUCCUCGCAGGUCUCAUUCUUUUCCUCUUCCCAGCCAUGAUCCUCAUCCUCGUUACGAAGAAAUUCAUCCAAAAAAGGUGGAAUAAGUCUAAGAACGAACCAACUGGUUACAAUAUGGAGCCGUGGAACCAGCAGAACGGCCAGGCGGGGCAAGGUAACGGCGCUGCGAAUACGCAACAGCCCAUGGGGCAGAAUGCGAGCAUACCCAGCAUGAGCACGUAUGCACCGCAUCAUGCACAGGGCAUGAAGGCAGAUCUCGGACCGCAGCAGAAUACUCGAGAAUACGUGUAAGAGGGUAGUAUGGUGAACAUAAUUAGGUAAUUACCUAGGCUGUGCCGGUAUAAAAUGCAUCAAUAGGGAGUUUCGGUAUAGGGUCAUUCAUUUAUACUCGGACGGGCAAGGGACAGGGUUAGGUCAAUUGGAUAACGGGGCGCAACAUGAAUAUAGUGAAAAGGGGGUAGUCAUUUCCAACCGGUCACUUACAUGUGUCCAUUUUUCUAAUAUUCUUACUCUUUAUGAUUAGGUACUUACUCAAAAUAUGGUAGGAAGAGGUGAACGUAACCAUCGCGUACGUCUCGGUCGAAAGUAUGACACCGUGCAGUAACGUUCUUGUGUCUCGAGUAUACACUGUCUAGAUAUUCCCCAUACGAUCCAGCUCCUGUAUUCCUACAAAUAUGGACGCAUGCCGGUACUUAAGGGGUUAUAAAUUAAUUCUAAAGCGGAAAUGGAAUCUGAUGCUACUGAACACGGGGCUUCCGGGGCUUCAAUGUACUUUAUCC